AUGACUGAGCACACCGACCAUCACCAUCAUCACAAUCACGCUCAUGGCCAGAGUCUUUCACUUACUUGAACUUUUGGAUAUGCCAUAAAGGGCUGAUCAAUUGCUGAGGGCAAAUUUUUGAUAUGCUUUAUCCUCCUACUGAUCACAUCAUGCUUUUUUGAAAUUGCAAGUGGAAUUAUUCUAGCCGAAAGCUUUCUAAUAUCUGAAGGCUUUCGAAGUGGAUUUGAUACGCUCUGUGUAUAUGUUGCUCUAGUCGGGCUAUCGUUUGAUAUAAAUAAUCCAAAUCCCGAUAAAAAAUAUGCAUUCGGAUAUGGAAGAACACAAAUUGUCACAGCAUUUGGCAAUGCAAUCUUUACAUUAUUCACCAACCUUUUUGCCUUAUUAGAAGCUGUGCAUCAUUUAUACGGAGGCCAUGCAGAAAAUCACAUGCUUUUUGGUAAAGAAUUGCUGAUUUUCAAAAUUUUAAUUGAAAUUCUGAUUUACUUUGGCUUAAUAAAAAGCAUUCGGAAAGACGAAAAGUGCUCAACAUUUUCAGAUAAUUUAGGAAUAAUUGCUAUUAAAUGCUUGGGAUUUAUUAUUACUGAAUCACUUAUCCUUGUAGAUUCGUAUAUUUUAUAUGAUGAUAUAGGCAUCCCUCUUUAUACCUUUGUCCCGAUUCUGAAUAUUUUGUGGAUUGUAGUUUGCAUGUGCUUGCUGAGGCCAUAUGUUGCCAGGAACGGGAAAAUCUUGCUUUUGAGCGCUCCUUCUGGCAAUAUGAGGACAGAAAUCGAAAAAAAAUUGAGGGAAAUAUCAAUACUUGAAGGCGUUGUAUCAAUUAAAUCUGAAAAAUUCUGGAUGGUUACGAGCUCAACACUUGCAGGGUCCGUCCUGAUUUCGGUUGAAAGAAAUGCAAAUCCCCAAUCUAUUAUUAUGAAAUCCAGAGACUGCUUGAGUAAAUUAAUCGAGUAUUUUACUAUAGAAUUGGUCGUAGAAGAUGACAGCACAGUGAAAAAUGAAUAUUAGAUUACUAGUACUUAAGCUCCCCACUUCGUACAGGUGCCAUUCUGCGCGGCAAUACUCAACCACUUCCGCAAUUCAGGCAGACCACUAUAGAAAUUUGAGCAGGUAAUUCACCUUCACGAAUUCCUUUGAGCACAUAUUUAAUUAUAUCCGGAAAGGGUUUGAAAACCCAGAAAAUAUACAGCAAUGCUAAGUAAAAAAUUCUGGUAUGCACAGAGCCUAGCACUAGUCCGCUUUUACCUUGAGGGAAAAGCUGGGUUGAGAGUUGGAAAUGGAAAGCGCAGUAGUAUCUAGAGGCAAUGCCUAGGCUAUUCAGGCAACUUCCUAGCAUGAAAUUUGGAGUUACGCUCCACGCUUUUAAUUAUCCCUUUUUGCCGAUAGUCCACUAGAAAUUCCAUUUUUUAGGAUUUUUUUUGCGGUUAGCCUUCGAUUAAUCCACGCAGCAUCCUGCAGAAGUCAUAGAUUUUUCACUUAACACUGGAACUUAGAAGGCAAGGAGGAAAAGGAGACACAGAGCCCUAUUUCACAGGUGUCAUGACGUCAGAUGGCGAAGAAGAGGAAAGGGGGUAUAAGAGUCGUAACUCACUGAGUCAUCUAAAUAGAAGAAGUUCUCCCUGUCGAUGUCGCAAAGGAGGAAUCCCCUAAGGGAUCCUUGGCGACUGCAUUACUAAUAGGCAGAAGCCACGACCAGUAAUAAGUUUAAGUUUAAGCUCAUCGGAUCAGGUUGCAAGUGAGCGAAUAUGUGCUUAAGUCGUUCAUUGCAGGAUACUAGAUGUAGCUGGGCCAACUCCUGGCUUCAAAAACCAUGCCCGGAUAUGCAUGGGCAACCGUCACGCGAGAGGAUAUCAGAUGUCAUCGCCAUUUUAUGCAUAUUGAAAAAUGAAUAA